CGGUUUGUUGAUCCUGGUACGAGCUCCUCCAGAGUGCCAUUGCAGCAAAGAGUGCGGUUCUGUUUCGCCUCCUCUCCGGUCCAAGCUCCGUGCAUAAAGGCCUUUGUCUUCCUCGUCCUCGUGAGCACCCUGUCUUUUCUCCCUUCUUCCUCAGGUACAACCACCUGCUUCUGCAUUCACCCAUCCUCUACCAAGACAACACCGCAACCAUGCCUGGCGGAGCAGCCCCCGUUCGAGCUCUCUCUACGACCAACGAUGUCAACCGCAUCGAAGCGCCUGUCACCUGGAAGGCCUACCUGAUCUGCGCGUUCGCGUCGUUCGGUGGUAUCUUCUUUGGCUACGAUUCUGGUUACAUCAACGGUGCUACUUCCAACACGCAGUUCAUUCACUACAUCGAAGGACCCAACGCGACUGCGCUGACCUCAUCCCACUCCUCGCUCAUCGUCUCAAUUCUAUCCUGCGGUACCUUCUUUGGUGCUCUUAUUGCUGGCGAUGUCGCCGACAUGAUUGGUCGCAAGUGGACUGUCAUCAUUGGCUGCUUUAUCUAUGCUCUCGGUGUCGUCGUUCAAAUGAUCACCGGUCCCGGUCACGCUCUCGGUCCCAUCGUCGCUGGUCGUCUGAUCGCAGGUUUGGGUGUCGGCUUUGAAAGCGCCAUUGUCAUCUUGUACAUGUCAGAAAUCUGCCCAAGAAAGGUCCGUGGUGCUCUCGUGGCUGGAUACCAAUUCUGCAUCACUAUUGGUAUCUUGUUGGCUUCCUGCGUCGUCUAUGCCGUCAAGAACCGACAGGACACCGGUGCCUACCGUAUUCCAAUCGCCAUCCAAUUUGCCUGGGCCAUCAUCCUUGCCGGUGGUCUUUUCUUCCUCCCAGACUCGCCAAGAUACUUUGUCAAGAGAGGCCAGCUUGAGCGGGCUAUCGACUCUCUCUCCCGCCUUCGUGGCCAACCUCCCGAUUCGGAGUACAUCCAGGUCGAAGUUGCAGAAAUCAUUGCCAACGAUGAGUACGAACGACAAAUGAUCCCAGCAACUGGCUGGUUUGGCAGCUGGUACAACUGCUUCAAGGGAGGUCUUGGCCACCAGAAGUCUAACCUGCGCCGCACCAUCCUCGGUACUUCUCUCCAGAUGAUGCAGCAAUGGACCGGUGUCAACUUCAUUUUCUACUACUCGACAUCUUUCUUGAAGUCCACUGGCGCCAUCUCCAACUCCUUCUUGAUCUCCCUCAUCUUCAACUGCGUCAACGUCGGCUCGACCCCGCUUUCCUUCUACACUGUUGAGAAGUUCGGUCGUCGCCCGUUGUUGAUCUGGGGUGCCUUCGGUAUGUUGGUCUGCGAGUUCCUCGUCGCCAUCAUUGGUGUCACAAUCGGUUUCAACAAGACCCAUCUCGAUGCUGCCGGCAACACCAUCGCCAACAACAUCUCCGCAGUCAAUGCUCAGAUCGCCUUCAUCGCCAUCUACAUCUUCUUCUUCGCCUCUACCUGGGGUCCUGGUGCCUGGAUCGUUAUUGGCGAGAUCUUCCCUCUCCCCAUUCGAUCCCGUGGUGUCGCUUUGUCGACCGCCUCCAACUGGCUGUGGAACACUAUCAUUUCCGUCAUUACUCCUUACAUGGUCGGUACCGACAAGGGCAACAUGAGAUCCUCCGUUUUCUUCGUCUGGGGUGGUCUUUGCACUUGCUGCUUUGUUUACGCGUACAUGCUCGUCCCCGAGACCAAGGGUCUGUCCUUGGAGCAGGUUGACAAGAUGUUGGAAGAGACUACCCCACGUAACUCGGCCAAAUGGGUUCCUACAAAGACCUUUGCUCAACACAUGGGAAGCGAGGGUGGUGUUCUCAACAAGGAGCUUGUCGACGCUAACGAGCGUCGGGGUUCCGCCUUUUAGAGAUUGGUCUCAGCUAUUGGGCUUUGUCUG